AUGGCGUCUCUUGACCCAAACCAUAAUAUACCUACGCCAUCCCAGUCCCAUAUCGAGCGAGGCUACGGAGCAGGCAACGCGCAACGAUCACAUCUCGAGCCAAAUAACAACGUCGCAGCAGCGGAUUUCGGCAGUGCGCCCCCUCACGAAACCUCACCGCUCGCACAGUCUACAAUCGCGCAAAUGAACGCCGGUCGCUUUAACGAGGAGUGGGAUGCGAGCCAGAGAGGGAGCUCGAUUAUAGAUGGGCCAUUACAGCGAUCUGGUUCUGGCAUGUCGCAAGGCGAGACCCUUAUUCCCUCAAGAGGAGGGACUUUGAAGAAGAAGGCGUCGAUGAAGAGGACGGGUUCUUUGAAGAGAUCGAGCAGUCGGAGAAGCUCGAGAGCGGGUAGUGUACGAAGCCUGGCGCUUCAUUCUACCUCGGGUGAAAUGGAUGAAGCUCAUAGCGCAUUCUAUUCUCCUGUACCAACAUCUGGAAACCCUACAGAGAUUCUCGCAAACAGAUUUCAGUCAUGGCGCAAAGUCUUGAAAGACCUCAUCACUUACUUCCGAGAGAUCCAAGCUUCCUACGAGCACCGAUCGAAAGCUAUGCUGAAGAUCUCUAAUGUGAUCAACAAUACCGCAGCACCUCCUUCAUUUCUCCAAUCCGGUGGAAUUGACGAUGCGCUCCAGAUCUUACGUGGAUAUCACAAGACUUCAAUUGGCGAAGCCAACAAGUCCAAGGAUAUUGAGAACGAUGUUAUUCUAGCAUUGGUUGGGCUUCGAAGUGAUCUGAGCCAAAAGAUCAAGGAGAUUAAAAGUUUGUCAGGGGAUUUCAAGAACUCUGUUGAUAAGGAGAUGGAAUCUACACGGAAGGCUGUUAACAAUCUUCAAGAAGGCUUGGGUCAGGCAGAUGCUGAUCCAGCACAAGUGACUGGCAAGCAGGAUCCAUACCUCCUAAAGCUUGCCGCGGAUCGUCAGGUCGAGAAACAGAUAGAUGAGGAGAAUUAUCUUCAUCAAGCUUAUCUCAAUCUCGAGGCGUCAGGUCGCGAGUUGGAAUCGAUUGUGGUUGGAGAAAUUCAAAAAUCAUAUAACGCUUAUGCUGGAAUCUUGAAGCGCGAAGCUGAUGGCGCAUAUAAUACCGUCGAGGAGCUUCGCACUGGUCCGAUUGCUAUGCCAAAGGAUCACGAGUGGAAUCAAUUCGUCUCCAAUGAUGAACAUUUUGUAGACCCAAAAAUACCUAUCCGAGAACCUCAAAAUAUAUAUUAUCCUGGUAGAGACAAUUCGUUGGCACAAGCUAUCCGCGAGGGCUUGCUUGAGCGCAAGAGUAAAUAUCUUAAGAGUUACACUCCGGGCUGGUAUGUCCUUUCUCCUACUCAUCUUCAUGAGUUCAAGUCUGCGGACAAGACACAAGCUCCUAUCAUGUCUCUCUACCUUCCAGAGCAAAAGUUGGGUUCAAAUUCCUCUCAAGGCGCAUCAUCAAACAAAUUCAUGCUCAAAGGUCGUCAAACUGGAACCAUGCACCGUGGACAUUCUUGGGUAUUUAGGGCCGAAUCUUACGAAACCAUGUUGAGUUGGGUUGAAGAUAUUCGCACUCUCACCGAAAAAUCCCCACAAGAACGAAACGCAUUUGUACGACAACACGCUCGAAGCAUCAGCGGUGUAUCUCAAAAAGCAGCAUCGGUCAGUAGUGAUGGAAAUAUGGAUGAAGAAGAUGAAGAACCGUUCUCUACGGCUGCCUCAGCUGUAGUCGCGCCGGAUCCAAAACAUGAUGGGCCUAGGCGUCCCCAAGGUGGGCGAUUCCCUAGUGACCUCCAAGUCAACGCACAACGCGGCUUACAAGCUCCUCUCUCGCCAUCUAGUGGAAGUUCCGGUUAUGGAGAACAAGAUCGAAGCGUAAUCGCAGCCGCCGGCAACCUUCCGGGUCAAGGGUAUGGCGAUAGUCAAGGAGAUGAAAUAUCUCACGGAGAACAGGUUCAUCAAGCGGCGAUGAAAGACGGCGUUAAUCCUUAUACUUAUCAACCUAUUAGCACCGAACAUCUAAACAACUACGCCGAUCAUUCUCCAUCUGCCGCUCCUAUUGUUGCUGCUGGUAUCGGUGGUGCUGCAGUCAGCGCUGUUGGUUUAGAAGCAUACCAUGACCGCGAUCAUGCAUCCGACGAGGCGGUUCUCGAAGAGCAUUCUCGCCAACAAGCAGCGGCACAAGCCGCUCAGGAAGCUUCCAUGAUCGCUUCUCCCGACGUAGCAAUUCUCUCCCAUCAAUCCCAAACCCACAACCACGACGACCAAACUGCUAACGACUCCGUCACCGCCGCACCUAACACCCAGACCUCCUCAGACCCAGCCUACGACAUGUCCGGCGGCCGCAGCCAGAGCGAUCUCAUCACCGCCAACUCUCUAGCCGCAGACGCCAACGGCGAAAACCCCAUCAAAACACUACUUAAUCCACUCACGAAUGAUUCGCCAAUGAGACCGUCCCUCGCAGCCGGUCAGAAUCAUCAGAGUGUAGCUAGUAUCAGUCAACUCCACGUCCCUGGCGAGUUUCCUAGAGCGAGCGACGCGAGUGGGAAACCGGGUGUGGUUGGGAAUUCUCAGUUGCCUGUUUGA